AUGGACGAAUACAGCGAGUUCGCCAGCGACGACUUCGACGUGAAAGGAUGGAUCAAUGCUACGGUAGCUAGUCAUCUGCAGCUGCAGCAGCAGGCCGCCGUGGGAACAGGGACCGGUAGCAACGGCUCGCUCUCGGCGGAGCACGUUCGUCUGUCUUCGUCGAGUGCUCAAAGCAGCCUAGACACGCACCUGUCCACCGUAGCCACCAAGCUGCAGGCGGUGUCCGCGACCAUCAACGCGGGGCUCGAGAAGAGCAUGGUGGAGAUCAUGGUGUCCGUCCCGCGUGUGGUAACCGAGGUGGAUCGAGUGGAGGCUGCCAUCAAGACCCUCAACGGCGAGCUGAUCAACCUGUCGGGCCAGCUGGAAUCGAUCGACCACGGCGCGAACGCCCACGUGGAGACCCUGGCGAGGCUAGACCUCGUGAAGACCAACAUGGGGGACUGCUUGCACACCCUCACCGAAGCUGCUUCUUGGAACGCUUUGGUGCGCGAGGUUAACGCCAGUUUCGGCCAAGACGACUUGAAGGGCGUGGCGCAGCGGCUAGAGGCCAUGGCCGGUAGCAUGGACGUCUUGAAGGACAUGCCGGAAGCUGAGGACCGCGCCGCUACUCUCAGAGACCUGCAGGAGCGGCUGGAGACGCUGCUGAAGCCGAAGCUGCUCGAGAUCGUGAAGAAAGACCGCAUGGGUCCGUUGAUGGAGUACGCCGCCAUGUACCGCCAGCUGGGCCGUACGGACGUCUUCAGGGCGGAGUACUGCAGCACCAAGGCCGCCGCCGCGCACAAGCGCUGGUUCGCGUCGGCAACAAGUUCCGGUUCGGAGGGGGGCACCACGAGCAGCGGGCUGGCUAACUGGCUGCCAUCGUUCCUGGAGUACUUGCAGGGAUCGUUGAUGGACGAGCGCAAGAAGACUUCGGACUUGUUCGGUGGCGAUACCUCCCCCGCGGUGCUCUGCCAGCUCGUCGUGGUGGCCUUCCAGCCCCUCUUGGGAUCCUUUCAAAAACACCUCGAGGCAGCUCCUUGGACCGAAGCGGUAGCCCUCUUGACGGAGGUGCUGCGGUUCGUGAACCAGGCUGUGGACCUGUUGAGGGGUGCGAGCGAGAGAGACUUGUUGGCGGUGUUGCUGUCGAGCACGUCGGGGUUCCGGCUCAUUCAGGACAGCUUUGGGGCGCACGAGCGGAGCUUCUUGUCUCUCGAGCUGCAGCCCCUACUGGAAACCCUAGGGGGCGUUACGAGUGCCGUGGAGAGGGGAGGGACGGCACCGGCGAUGACCUUCACCCGGAGGAUGGAAGAGAUCUCCGACGUGUCUACGAAGGGCUUUGUGGUCGUGCAGCAGUCGGCGGGGCGGUGCACCGAGCUGACGGGAGGGUACCAAGGCCGAGACUUGCUGAGGGAGGCGGCGGAAGCUCUCUCGGCUUUCUUGAAGGCCGUAAGGGACGCGGCUCGACAGUCUCGUUCUUUUGGCAACCAACCGGCGACCGGACGGGACGAGGUGUUGGGUGUGGCUGCUGGUGUAGAAGAACAAGAGAACUACUUGGACGGAGGAUUAGGAGGAGGAAACGGCGAUUUCGACUGGCAGUACUUGCAGGGGGCGCUUGUUUUGCUCGGGGCUGCCGGUCGAUGCCAACGGUGCUUCGCCGGGGUAGAAGAGGAGUUUGCUUCGGCGCUCCUCCGAGAUAGGAUCGGCCUCUUCGCCUCUUCCGCUCCCCGCCUCUCCUCCCUAGCAAUGCCCGCCAACUCCCCCCUCCCCAACACCAACGGAGGGAGAGGGGCGGGAACCGUUCCCGAGAACGGCGCCGCCCCACCCCCCGCCGCCGGUGGAGUGGCGGCGGCGGACGGCAGCAGCAGCAGCGAGGAGGGCAGGGUGGCCGUGCUGAGGAGCCUGCUUGCGAGGGUGAGGCUCGAUGAGGACAGGACGGCGAGGGCGGAGACGAGGGCGAGCUUGAUGGCGCUGGUUGAGCCGUCGGCGGCGGUUCCGGGAGACGUGCUGCCGGCGCCUGCGAGAGAAGUACGCGCGCUGGCGGCCGACGCCCGGUCUCUAGUCUUCGACGUCUGUUUCAAGCCAGUCACCGCGAGGCUAGACACGGUGCCGACCUUGGUGUCCUGGCAAGAGGAGCACGGGGGAGGGGGUGGGGGUGGGUGGGGCACGGACAUGGGGGAUGGCGCGGAUGAGUACGAUACCGUUCCGCAGGUGUACAUGACGCAGGUGGGGGAACACCUGCUGAGCUUGCUGCAGAACCUGGAGCCCUUCGCGAACAGCGACGCUUUCCAAGAUGCGGUGGAGCCCACGCAGGACCUGCACCUCCUCACAGAAGCAGCAUGGAGGGACUGCGGGCUAGCCUUGGAUCUGGGAGAAUCCGACCUCAUGCUGCUGGAAACCUUGUCUGGCGCGAAAGCAUCCACGGAGCCUCCGAAACACCGCUCUGCGUACAGUGACAAUGCGGAGGGUGGCAACAAUGAUGAAGACGGAGAGGGGGAGGAGGAGGAGGAAGAGGGAGAAGCGGCCAAGUUCUGUACGGCGUGGUUACUGUGCGUCGGGAGCGCCACGGUCGGAUGCUUGUUGGCCAAGGUUCUAUCACUCCCCCAACUCAGCGAGAGAGGCACAAAGCACCUGGAGGCAGACCUUAAGUACCUAUCGAACGUACUCCACGCCUUGGAUCUACCCGCUCCGUCUGUUCUGGAACACGUUAGCCUGCUGGCUGGUCUCAGCAGGGAUGAGGCUGCGACCCAUCUGGUACAGGAGACAGUUGCCGGCUACGGGGCCGCUGGAAUUGUCCUGACGAAGGUGGAGCGACGACUAGCGGAAGCAAGAGGCAUCGCUCAUCCUUGAUGCUUCGGAUGUGGUGUUGAGGUCAUUAUUAAUAACGCAACUUUGCUUUGUCGUCCUAUUCCUCCGGAUGAGGGUGGAGGAUCCUCAAAGGCCGCUUCGAAUGUGUCAGGGGGGUUUGCUUGUUUCGACGUUUGAGUUGAUGGCUUCGUGUGUGAGGCCCACGGCCACUCUUGCUCGUGUGUGCUCAGCGCGUCUGCAACGUUGGUGAGGUUUGAUGGUUCGCGUAGAUUGAGCAUCUCUCCUCCUCCCUUAGUCUACAGAGUGAGAAAUGCGUCUAUCUUGAUUGUGUUACA